AUGUCGUCAACGCUCUGGCCACCAUCCACUGUCGGUAUUACGGAUGACCUUGCGGCGAGCAGGUCAAGGGCUCUUGGUAACGAGAAGCCGGAAGACAAGGGCAAUAUCAUCUACACCGAGAUUCAAGCGGAGACAAGGAAUGAACUGAACAUCAUCGGCCCAGAAACCCUGCGUGACCCAAGCCCACUUGGCAGCGGAACCAGCUUUCAGGUAGAUCGGCUUUUGUUCCUCCGACCACGAUGGCCAAAUUAUUAUGUUGCUGUCAAACGCGUGAUUACGAGGAAGAUGACCAUUGAAGACCUUCAUCAACGUCUCUCAGUUAUCAAGCGGGAGUUGCGCGUGCUGAUCCAUCGACCUCUGAGAGCCCACAGUUGUAUUAUAUCUAUUCUGGGUUAUGGACACAGCAUCGACGCAUCGCAAAGGAUGGUUCCCUACCUUGUCAUGGAGUUUUCGGAUCAUGGAACAUUGACACAAUAUCUUCGAAGAUGCAAUAUACCUUUGAAAGAGCGGCGAGAGUUAGCGCUUGAUGUUGGCAUGGCGCUCCGUUCCCUCCACGAAUGCCAGAUAAUCCAUGGCGAUGUAAAGAUGGACAAUGUACUGGUAUUUGAUUCAACGGAUGACCUCCUAGAACGACCACAGGUGGCUAAGCUGGCCGAUUUCGGGAGUGCGCUUUUUGAGAACGAUUUUGUGGAGAGACACUACGUUUCAUACCUCGGCACAACUAAGUACAAUGCACCAGAGGUUGCCUCGCGCGAGGGUCCUGGCGUAAGAAAUGUGGAGAGUUCUCCGAAUCUGUACGAACGUGCUGAUGUCUACUCGUUUGGUCUUCUGCUACUCGAAACCAUUCUUGACGGGAAAAACUUCAUCGACGCGGCUUGGCUUGAUCAAGGAGUGAAUGAUCUCACUACGAAAGAUAGAGCGACGUCAAAGAACGCGGAAUUGGAGUUUCUGGACAAGGUAACGUUGGAAGAAGAUGCAUUGCUUGGCCUUGCAAGAGGAUUCGCAUCUCGUCUGUCACCCGAUGCGGAGUCCGAUGUCAUAAAUUCGGUCACACAAGCAAUGACGCUGUGUCUCAGAGAUGAUGUGUACAAGCGUGGAACUAUGGUACAGGUCACAAAAGCCCUUGCUCGAGGUACGACUGAAAAUCGGCCAUCGUCCACUCAUACAUCAGCUCGUAUAAUCUCUCCGGUGGAUUCAACGAGCACGACACCAUCCUUACACAAGAAGCGAAGCGGAAUCUAUCAAUUACACUCGUCACCACUAGAGACUUUACCAUCAAGCAAUUUGAGCAUACGUGUAGCUAAACCAGACGACAAAAACGCAAUAGCUGAACGACACAUUGGAAGCUCGAAACUGCGCUCAGGACCAGUUGCGUCUUUGGUCGCAGAUCCGUCAUCACAAUACCGAACCACAGAGAUAGACAUGUUCAAAGCAUCAAUCACCAUCUCACCUCCUUGGAAGGUUCAACUCCGCGUUGCAGAACGACUUAAGUCUGCUUUGGAUGUUGAGAGAGAUCCAUUACUCAAAGCUCAGCUACAGCUUCAUCUUACGAUAGUGUAUUGGCUGGGCUACGGCACCCAACCAAAGCUCCUCGAGUCGCUCCAAAACUUAGCAGAAGCUGCCAACGCCAACAAGAUUGCACAGAUUAUCGCUCCCAGAGUCAUGGCAGCCGCUAAGCACAUUACUCCGCUUGUUGAACAGUCACACCUUGUUGACACAGAAUUGUAUUACAACUCUACAAACAGUAGAAGUUGCCCGACAUCAGGCAUUGUGAACUUCCUGCGGACUGAAAGAGCUCACACACCGCGACCUCGAGCGGACGCCAUUUCAGAUGUUCAAAGCGAUCUGAUAAUGGCUUGCAUGGAAGGCAAGUUCGAGGUCGCUCGGAAUCUUAUCCCACUUUGUGGCGACUUCCCAGCCUAUUUCGCUCCAAAUCCUCUGCAUUGGCUCGUCAUGUUUCCGUACGAAGAGGCCAGAUUGUUAGUUAAUCUUCUCAUCUUCGGCUCCGCGAAUGUACAGGGCCAGCAACACGGUGUUUGUCGUACUGUGAUUAAUGCGUCCUGUGUAAGCAUGAUCAACAUUCCGGAAUACUGCAUGGAUCUUUUCGGGACCCCACUUCAUUUUGCUGUCCGCUGCGGCUUUCAAGACCUAGUGUCUGAGUUUAUUCGACAUGGUGCUGAUGUGAACAAGCGAUGGGAAGCCAGAAUCAUACCUACCAGUGAUGGACGUUCUGUCAGGUAUCCUAGUUUCAGUCCUUUGGAUGUCGCGGCGACAUAUCAUCUAGCCGAUAUCGCGCAACUACUACUUGGAGCAGGUGCUGUUACGUAUGGGGGAGACGUUGACUGGGAGUACUCACCCUUACACAUGGUUGGACAAAAGACAAUCCCAUUUGCGCGAUUUGUUAUGCACGGCUCGCAUUCCAGAGCAGCUGCUACUCAAAUCAUUCGCACGCUCCACGGGUGGGGUCUAGACAUCAGCAAUCACGACUCCUCGCGUCAGACGCCUUUACUGCGCGCGGCUGAAUAUCAUGACAUAGACGACUAUAUCCUAGAAGAGCUUUUGGAGGCGGGUGCAAGGGCUGAUGCUUCCACAGCAUAUCCAGGAUGUAGCCUUGCGACUUUGCUUGCUCAACAAUGCGCAGAUCGGCGUUUCAACUCCUCCAAAUUUCGACUAUUUCUUCCACAAGUGGAAGACUUCAACUGCCUAGAUUCGCACGGUCGUGGCGCUUUGCAUUACUGUGCUCUCUUCGAUGGUAUAGAGAUGGCUCGUGUAUUGUUAGCGCAGCCCGGAAUCGAUGUCGACUGCAAGGCGAAUGACGAGGGGAGAAAUACCCCUUUGCUCUUUGCUGCCACUUUCGGAUCCAGCGAUGUCGCUGAUCUGCUUAUCAAAGGUGAUGCAGACUUCGAGUUAGCAGACGCCGACGGUCGGUCGCCAUUGAGGGUGGCUGUGACUUGCAGACAUAUCGAUGUCGCUAGUCUUCUCAUCAAAGCAAGCGCGAGCCUUGUGUUCCAUACACAGUCUGGAAGAACAGAGAACAUUCUCCACUAUGCAGUCAUGAGGGAAAGUCAGCUGCCGUCCUUAAUGGAACCUAUACUCCGGAUGUUACCUAACGAAAAGAUCGCAGACUUGCUGGAUGAAUUUGAUGGUGGAGGAUGGACCCCACUUCAUUAUGCGAGCUACUUUGGCGACCUCGAAGGCGUUAACGCCCUUCUUGAGGCUGGAGCAAACAGAAAUAGUUUCAAAAAUCCGCAGUAUGCUAGAUCGCUUUCCAGCCGUGGCGUAACACCACUCCAGCUGAUUACAUUGUUGAGAAAAAAGAUACAACGAGAUGGUCUUGGCAAAGAUCACGACGCUGUGAAGCGAGGCGGUCCAGUGGCUGAAACAAGAUUCAUGGAUCGUCUUGAACAGAUCGAACGAGUACUCAAAAGCGACGCAGCGGGAUAG